AUGAAAGGGGGUAUUCAAGUAUCUGAUGAAUUAUUGGGAACAUUUGCGCCAAUAGUGGUGUACUGGAUAUAUUCUGGGAUAUAUGUGUUGCUUGGAUCAUUGGAUAAUUACAGGCUGCAUACUAGGAAAGAUGAAGAUGAGAAGAAUUUGAUACCCAAAAAGGACGUUGUCAAAGGGGUUCUUCUCCAGCAGGCUGUUCAGGCCAUUGUUGCGAGCCUUCUCUUUGCAGUUACAGGAAGUGAUAAUGAAGCUGCACAAGGUCAACAAGCUUCCCUUAUUGUUCUUGCUAGACAACUUUUUGUUGCAAUGGUGGUAUUAGAUACUUGGCAAUAUUUUAUGCACCGAUACAUGCAUCACAACAAGUUCUUGUACCGACAUAUACAUUCUCAGCAUCACCGUCUUGUCGUGCCAUAUGCUUUUGGAGCUUUGUACAACCAUCCCUUGGAAGGUCUGAUUCUCGACACGGUUGGUGGUGCUUUAGCUUUCCUACUAUCAGGCAUGUCUCCCCGUGCUUCCAUAUUCUUUUUCUCCUUUGCCACCAUCAAAACAGUUGACGAUCAUUGUGGGCUAUGGCUACCUGGAAACCUUUUCCAUAUCUUCUUCGGAAAUAAUUCUGCAUAUCAUGAUAUUCACCACCAGCUCUACGGCACCAAAUAUAACUUUUCCCAGCCAUUCUUUGUGACUUGGGAUAGGAUUCUUGGUACUUACAUGCCGUAUUCCCUUGAGAAAAGAACUGGCGGUGGUUUUGAAGCACGCCCUGCUAAAGAAUGCAAGGAAAACUGA